AUGAACAGUCAGUACGUCCGCCGAGAGGUCUUCUGCGGGAACACCUGCCACGAGCUCAAACGCUUCUGGGAGAGGGAGAUUGGCAAACAGACAUACUACCGUGAGUCCGAGGAGCAUCGCCUGGGAAGGAGCGCGCUGAGAAAACUCCGGGAAGAAUGGAAGCAGAGGCUGGAAACAAAGCUGAGGCUGCGGAACAAUCCAGAUGAGGCGGAAAGGCAGACAAAUGUCAGCUGAGAGCGUCCGGCUUCCCUGAGCCGUAGAGGACACAAGGCACCAAGUCCCUUGGCCGGAAGUCAGUUAAA